CAAUGACUUGUAAAAACGUUAUCAUACAUGUUAUGUUAUUAUAUUAUUGGCCGAAGAUAGCACCACGAGAGUUUUUAUAGGCAUCCAAUGAGACAAUUGCCUAGAGAAAAGGUCCAAUUGGCUACCUAGCUAGCUAGUCUCAACUCAACUAUGUUCAUGUAACGAAUAAGUUUUCUGGAAACUCGGUUAUGUUUCAUUCAUGGACUUUGAUCAUAGGAAUCAUAUCAUAUCCACUGUUCAAUGGAUAAAUUUUUUUUGUCAAGAACAAGGUUUUGUUUGCAAACACACCACCAAUGAAAAAUGGCAAAAUUACAAACUAAGACGUACUAGUAGUAUACCAAACUAUUUUGGUGCUCCUUCAUCUUUCUGGAAAUGGAAUGGAACUAAAUAAAUAUGAAAUGCAAAAGUAGUCUCCACUUAUUUUAUCAUUUUUUUCCUUUUUCGAUUGCAAGGGAAAAAAGGACCGAAACAAUUAAAUCCCUUUCCCUCAAAAAAGGAAAAAAAGAAAAAAAGCCUUUAUCAUCCCGAUCACAUUCAUAACACAGUCCGGGGAGAGUCGAGUAAGUGAAAGCAGAAGCAAAUGAAAACAUCAAACAUAUAGAAACUCCAAAUGCGCAACAUUUUGUUAAGAUUAUAAAAUUGGUUUUAUUAUUGAGUGAGAGCUGGACAACUUAAUCUAAAAUAAGGAGAGCGGGAGGAACACGUUGGGAUUAUUAUGAUAUAACUUAUGCAAAAUGUGUGCCUCAUGUUUUAUUAAAAAAAUGAAGUUGACAUGUCAACUUCAAGAGUUUCAUUAUGAGAUGCAAUUUGGAUGUUGGUCCUCAAUGAUUACCGAUAAAGUCAAUGACCCAGAAACAAUACUAAUGUUGACACAAAAUAAAGAACAUAACGACUAAUUGUUUUGGCCGUCCUGAACCAGGCUGUUCUCUGAACCAAGUAGGGAGGAAAAAGAAUUGAAGAAAAGCUGAAGCACAACAGAAUGGCUGAGGAGCAGAGAGUUCAAAUUCCUAGGGUGAAAUUGGGAAGUCAGGGAUUUGAGGUUUCCCAGUUGGGAUUUGGGUGUAUGGGGCUUACUGGAAUCUAUAAUGCUCCAGUCCGUGAAGAGUUUGGAAUAUCAAUCAUCAAGUACGCAUUCGAUAACGGAAUUACGUUCUUUGAUACAUCAGAUGUUUAUGGGCCUCAUGCUAAUGAAGUUUUGAUUGGAAAGGCAUUGAAGCAGUUGCCUCGAGAGAAGGUUCAGUUGGCUACAAAGUUCGGCAUUGUAAACUUUGAAUCUACUCAAGUUGUAGUAAAUGGCACUCCAGAAUAUGUUCGCUCGUGUUGCGAGGCCAGCCUCAAGCGCCUUGGUGUUGGCUACAUUGAUCUUUACUAUCAGCACCGGAUCGAUACAACAGUCCCCAUAGAGGACACUAUGGAGGAACUAAAGAAGCUGGUGGAAGAGGGGAAAAUAAAGUACAUUGGAUUAUCUGAAGCUAGUCCAGACACAAUAAGGAGGGCACAUGCAGUUCAUCCCAUUGCUGCUAUACAAAUGGAGUGGUCCCUUUGGACUCGCGAAAUUGAGGACGAAAUUGUCCCACUUUGCAGGGAACUUGGAAUUGGGAUUGUCCCAUACUGCCCUCUUGGUUCUGGAUUUUUUGGUGGCAAGGCAAUUGUGGAAAGUGUACCUGCAAAUAGUUUUCUGGAAUAUGGACAUCCUCGUUUUCAAGCAGUAAACCUUGAGAAAAACAAGAUCCUUUAUGGUAGAAUACAAAAGUUGGCUAAAAAGCAUAGAUGCAGCACUGCACAACUCGCCCUUGCAUGGAUUCGCAGUCAAGGUGAUGAUGUCGUACCGAUCCCUGGGACAACUAAGAUAAAAAAUCUUGAUGAUAACAUUGGCUCCUUCUCAGUGAGACUCACCAAAGAAGAUAUAAAAGAGAUUUCUGAUACAAUACCUCUGGAUGCGGUGGCAGGGAAAAAUGUAGCUGAUAAUUUUAUUAGCUGCUCCUGGAAGUUUGCAAAUACACCAGCAAAAGAACAUCUUAGAUAGAUGUUUGCAUAUGCAAUCUGGUCUGCAAAUUUCCUGUAAGAAUUUGUAAUCCUGCUACAACUGAGAGCAGCAAAUAAUCGUAAAAAACCACUGAUACUGCUACAUCAUACAUGUGUGUUACUUAUCUGAUUCUGAUUUUGGU